AUGUUACCUCGAAUACUGCAAAGUUUCAUUGCAUUAAUUAUUGUAUUUUAUAACCAGAUAAUAAAUGUUUUGAAAGGAAGAGAUGGUCCAUCAGGUCCACCAGGUUUAAAGGUAUGUUAAUUGGCAUGCAGUCAUGAAUAUAUUAUAUAUGUGUUUUUAAUGGCACAUUAUCACAAAAUUACUGUAAGACAAGUUGUGUCUAAAAAUUCCGAAAAUCAAGCCAAGGAAAUCAAUAAAAAUAUCUGGAGGUGACCCAUGAGACUCUCUUGCAAUUUACCGCGUGGCUCCACUGAAAAAGUCUUAAAUCUUUAAGUCUAAAAGAGGCCUUGCAUUAUGUAGUUGAUUAUUUACACGUCACCAUGCAAUUAAUAUAAGAUGUAUACAAAAAAUAUUAGUUUUCUGUUUAUGUUUUUAAAAUUAUAUGUUAUAGCAUAUCUGAACACAGAUCAACUUUAGUUUUUACUAGCCUAAUACUAUUAUAUAGUUUCAUAAUACCUGAACUAAAGAUGCGGUACAGUCCGAUCUGCGCAUGUGCACAAAGGAGCCCUCUUUUUAUUUACAAACAGUUUAUUUAGGUUUUUAUUUCAUUUUAUGUUCUUGCAAAGCUUGAUGUUGUCUCUUGAUAAUUUAUUAUACUCUAUAAAAUCAUGAAAUUAUAAAUAGUUGUCGAUUAAAAUUCAAUAUUUUGGAUACCGAAAUGUAAACAAAGCCUUUGUUUACAUACGGACUGUACCGCAUCUUUAAGGAAACCAUUGAGCUAACAUAGCUGAUUUUUAUCUAAUAUAGUGAAUAGACUUAGUUGUCAAUACUGUAUUAGUUCUGAUUUGGCAUGUUUGAUACAGAUUAUAUAACUAGUUAAAUGCAUGCAGUUCACCAUUACAAAUGCAUGCAGUUCACCAUUACAAAUGCCCGGCAAAUACAAAACAAUUGCAUAUACUUAAACUAGAUACACUUAAAUAAAAGAGGAAAAAUAGACUUUAACUAAUAUGUUCAUGCAUGUUAUAAUAGUUCAGUAUGUAUUUAUAAUAAGAUCGAGAAAACAUAAUAAAAUUCAUUCUGACUCAUACGUAUUAUUCAAUAUUUAGUUAAUGUUAUACCCUAUACAUUCCCUAUACUUUAAUUCUGUACUAUUUUUCAGGGUAAUCGCGGUGAGCAAGGAGACGAAAGACUAUAUGGUCUUCUAGUACGUAUUCCAAAUUAGGCGUUACAACAUGUAUAGCUAUAAUUUUAUUGUUAAACUAUGCAAGGUGUACUGAUUUUGAAGGCAUUUGAGAAUUUUGUCAUACGUGAUCGUGAAAAUGUUCUAUAUAAUAUCACCCUUUUGGCUUUUAUUAUAUAAAAUAUAGUGCUUUAUGUACUGUUUAAAGCACUGAUAAAACUGAUAAUCUCACAUGCAUGUGAGAUUAUUUAUGAUAAUUUCACAUGUGAAAAUUAUCGCUUUUCAAUUAUCCCUUUUCUGUAAAAAUUAUCGCUUUUCCAUGCAAGACUGUCCUUUAUAUAUAAUAAACAGAAAUAUACAUGGAUGCUUGGAAAUACCAGAUCUAUUUCUCGUGUUGAACAUGAUAUAUAUUUCACUUGUUUGCUGUGUUUAUACUCUUCAACUCUUGAGAUAUCAUGUUCAACACUCGAACUAAUAAAUCUGGUACAUGUACUUCCGCGCAUGCACCCAUGUAUUAUUCUCUAUCUAUAAUGAUUAUCAUUUUUAAACUUCUAAAAUGCCAUUCCAUAUAUAUGAUCACUUUUCAGGGUGAUGAAGGUCUUCCCGGCGUACCUGGAUUACCGGGACGUAAGGGCAGAAAGGUAAGGAACGCAUAAGAAAUUGCAGCCACAGUAUAAGAAAAAAUCUGAUGAAAAUUAGACAGCAAAGAUCUUAUUACGAUACCAGCAGGCAAAUCUCACUAUUAUAUUUUUAUAUUAAAUUAUAAGCUUAACUAGACCACCUCGCACACAAACACGUAUCAUUGUUCAGUUUUUUAAUUCGUCGUUUGACUAAACCAAGAAUUCUAAGAAUAAAAUAUUUGGCGCAUCGUAUAUGGUGCUAUCCGUAUCCAAAAUGGCAUUUACGCUUUUACGAAUAGUGUAUUCCGAUUCAAUCAAAAUUCAGACCAUUUUAUACACGUGUUUUAUUAGUUUUAACUUAUAAAAGUCGAUAAUGUCUAACUCGUUAAUGAUUAACUUCAUUUUAGGGUAUGCCUGGAAACAUUGGUGAGCCAGUAAGUAAUUAUAUUAAUCUGAUCUGUAGUUCGGGGAUAGCUGCAUGCACUGAGCGCAUUCUGCUACAUAUAUCCUGAGUAUGCUCCUGUAUUAAAGUUAACAUUGGUUUAUUUCCAGUAGCUGAAGCAGCAAGACAUAUGGAAUGAGCAACUUUAAUUUGUUCUUUCUAAUCCUUUACACAAUAAUAAUGUUAUACAUGCGAUUUCUCUCAAAUUUACAGGGACCGCUUGGUCUUGACGGUAAUUAUGGUCGCAAAGGCGCAAAGGUAAAGUUAGUUGACUCGUUGUAAUCAUGUACCAGGUGACGUUCACCUGUGCUAUCCACGCGUACUAUAAAUGAUAAUUAAUUCCGUAAUAUAUUGCAUUGUACUUGUUUUUUUUUUCAUCCGAUGAUGCAAUUCUAUAGUCCAGUGACUUAUUUAGAUCAUAAAAUUGUCUGCAUUAUGACCAUGUAUGAAGCCAGAUUAAGACACUUUUAUUAUUGACAUGCGGCUAAAUUCAAACUUGGUACGGUGCAUGGCCGCCAUAUUGAAUUUGAAUGCGUUGGAGCCUGGGAUCUACCUUUAAUAUACCGAUUUGUCCUGCACUUUCAUUCCCUUUAAUUAACGAACUUUUCUCCUAAAUUUUCAAUAGUUUCAAUUCUAUACAUCUUUUGCAUCUCAUAAUAAAAAACAAAUCAGAAUAAUUGAUUUUUGACCGUAUCGUUCAAAGCAAAUCAAGAUUUCCAGUCAUAUUUAAUUUAAUUAUCACAGAGACACGGUAUAACAUUCUGUUAAAUUUAUACUGCCAAGAAAAACUGAACUGUAAAAUUGAACUGUAUUCAACCGUGAAAUCAUAAUACUGGUACUUUUUCGCGUAGGUUGCGUAAGUUGGUGGCCGAAAGGUUACGUUUUCACGCGCCUAGUGGAAAUUCGUUCCGCAUUGGUCUUGAUAGCGCGGUUUGCGUUCCUCUUUAUUUUUAGUGUUCGGUUUAAUUUUUUUCUUUUCAGAACGUGGCCGCCUAAAACCAUCCAUAUAUUUUCCCUUAGUAUCUCAGUUGUGUGCGGGGAAAUGAAAUAAACUUUUUCUCACGUUUUUGUUCGAAACAGCUCGUAAAAAAUCUUAUGUCCAAUCUCGUUCCAAUGCUCAAGCGCACUUAAAUUCUAUAUGGCGGCCAGGGUGCCAAGCACUGAUACAUCAAUAUAUAUCCUAUACUGGGGGAGAUAUAUCACUAUAUACAGUAUACUCCUUUGUUUCACUUCUUAUCAUGUUUACCCAUCAUACCACUAUAAUAUUAUUCAGUGGUACGUUGUUUUAUAUACCCAUCACUUAUAGGGUCAACCUGGCAAAUAUGGAGAAGAUGGAUAUUAUGUAGGUAACUAGCAUUGUUCGCAGGAUUCUAUAGUGGUAAUGCAGUAAUGCACUCAUUUCACAUGUAGCUAUAUGUAUUAAUUACAUUCAACCAAUAUCCUUGCCAUUAGUGUGUUGUCGAGUCAAAUGUACAUGUACACUGAUGUAGUAUAUUUUAAGUUAAUAUUUCAUUUGUUCGCGUAUAGGGUUUGAACGGAAAAUUUGGUCAUGAUGGGCAAAAGGUUAUUAUAAUUCAAUAAAAUAGAAUGUUAGAAGGUUAUUGUAUGUCAACGUAAUAACCUUGACAAGAAGCUUUGAUUCAUUUGACACACACUCGUUCUAAUAUACGAUUUUGCUUUUUUUUUAAACGCCCGCAUGUUUUUUGGCUGGAACUAGCGUACAGUACAAUUUCUUUAUUUUUAAAACCACUGCUGUCCAUAGUGCCAGUAGCCUACCAUUAUUUUUGUAAUAAUUCCCGAGCGAUUUCGAGACCUGGAUUUUAUUUCUUGUAUUCUAGAAUCUAGACUUGAAAACCAAUUCAAUAUCUUAGCUUCACUGUGUAAUGUAACCAUUUAUAUGCUUUUAUAUAUAUUUAGGGUGAGCCUGGAUCACCGGGAUUACUUGGCGCUAAGGUAAACUGACAUUUUCCAUAAUAACGCAUCUUAGGGCUCUCAGUUUUAUAACGGUAUCUUAAGUUCUGACUCAUUCUAUUUAAAAGUAAUGCUUCAAAAAUGCACUAAUGAUGCACUGAUUUAGUGGACGCGCGGACAUAAAACGCCAAUUUGAAACUAUUGGUAUAUAAAUUAUAUCUGAUUUAAUAGAUAAAAGAUGACAUCGUGAUAUCUUUACUAAACGAUUAUUAUGUUGCGGAAAGUGGUUACUACAACAACCUCUACCACGUGAAAUCACGUGAUCUGACUGACGGUAGAACAGACACUGGUGGUUGGGGCAGUAAAACAGCAAAGAUUGGAAACUACAUCCAAGCAACUUUUGUUCGUCCUAUCUACGUCACAUCAAUCACAGUGGCUGGAGGUUUUAUACCAUCUUGGGGUCAUGACACAAAACAAGGAUAUGGUUUGAUGGAUUUAGAAUACUCAGAUGGAGAAACAUGGCACAAGGUAAAUUAUAUAAAUAUAUAAUAUACUUCAACUUUGCAUCGGUCAAAUUGUCUUUAUGGCUAUAAGACUGCUAUAAAAAGGAUCAAUUAAGCCCCAUCCAUGUAGCUCCAUAUCAUUGUUGAAAGACGACGGGGACAAUUUUAAAUUUAAUUUCGAAAUUAUAAUCGUUGAAUAUUCUCUCCAAUAUUACCGCCGGAAAAAGCCCUUACAAUUCAGUGUAUUAUACAAAACCGCGCCGGUGAAUGUGCGAAUUAUGUAAAAAUGAAGAUAUGUAAAAAUUAUAUUGUAGUAAAAUUAUAUAUUGCUCCCACAAAUGUUCAGACUUUUUCAGGUGGCCUAGACAAAUAUCAACAUCUUGUUGGUAUCUUUCUAUCUGAUAAUAAAAUAUCAACAUCUAGCUUGUUGGUGGCUUUCUAUCUGAUAAAAAAAAUUAUAAAAUUAUUUUGCCAAUAUACGUUGUGAGCUGUGGCGUGGUCACGGGAUGAAUGCAUGGGUGUCAAGAACCCCUCCCUACUUCUCUUUGGACACAUUUAGUUGUAAUUAUUUCAAAACUAAGGGCAAACUGGGAGAGAGAGGCCGAUUUACGCUAUACAACAUUUGUCUGAAAUUGUCGUAUGCAACCUGCAGCUUAUACAGUUUGAGUUGUACUGUGUAAAUAACAAGUAAGUACCGGUAACUCGCCUACAACAAAAUGUCGUUGUGCAGUGUAAAUCGGCCUUAAAAUAUACCACAUCUGUGUGGCGACUUUCACAUUUUUAUCAAACAAUUAUAAAAUACAUGAAAUAGCGUUUCACAGAACUUAAAAAUAGAAAAGUUUUCCAGCGGACCAUACCCACGGCGGUCAGACGAUUAGACCCCACGCCAAUUCGUUUGGGGUUGGCCACGCCCCUGGUUGUGAGCUUAAUAUCGAAUUGUUUGUUCCUUUAAAAAGCAUUUCAAAAUGCUUGUUUCUUAAAAUGUAUUAUUAAUUAUUAUGUUUCUUUCUAGAUUUCUAACUUAGAAACUCCAGUGGGUGAGGAAAUGGUCACUCGCAAUCUUACGGUACCUGUUAUUGCUCAGUAUUGGCGCUUGAUUUCGACAGAGAAUAAGUGGAUUGGAACAACUGAAUUUGCUUUGAAACCGUUAUUGGUGAAGUCUCCUGUUUUGGAUACGGAUGAUGAAUGAUCAUUCAGCUCCCAAUGGAUGUCGAAAUGGUUGAUGUGAGAUUUUUUUAUUAAACUUUCAUAAGAGUCUGCUAAUUAAUUGAAGCAUAUGUAAUCUAGAUAAAUAUAUGGUAAGAUUUAAUAAAGUUAUGUGAAUCGAUCUAA